AAACCUGAGCUAAAAGCUAAAAGCUAAAAGCUGUCCUCGGUUGAAUCGAGCUGCUCUGCUGUUAAAAGUAUAACGUUUCUAAAAGUGUAGACGUGUGUCGUGUUGGUGAAGAGUUGCUCUUUCACACAGACUCACUUCUCCGGGUCAGCUUUGAGCCCUGUGUGUCCUCUGGCUGUGCUCCUCAGUCUCUGUGGGUGUGGGUGAUACUGGCUCCGUGCCAGUCCUCUGUAGAUGAAGAUGUCUCUGGCCCAGCGAGUCCUCCUCUCCUGGAUCUUCGCCCUGAUCUUCCUCAUCAUGCUGGUCCUCAAGCUGGACUCUAAGAUCCACUGGAACUGGUUCCUCAUCUUCCUCCCCGUCUGGACCUUUGACACAAUCCUCAUCCUCAUGCUGAUAGUGAAGAUGGCAGGACGCUGCAAGCCGGACUUUGACCCCAGAGAUGGCGAGCAGAGCCUGAAGAGGAGGUUGUGGUACCUGACAGCCCUGCUGCUGAAGCUGGCCUUCUGCCUGACACUGUGCUCCCACCUGGAGAGGCUCAUCGACAUGUGGGUCAGCGUGGUGUGUGUCCCCCUGUGGGUGCUGCUGGGUGGGGCGCUGGUGGAGCUGGGACACAGUGUUUUCCACUACAGGAGGGACUGAACCACAGGACUCCACAAUACAUGGAUUUGAAAUGUAAUAUAGGGGAGGAAAACUCUUUUUUGUUUUUUACACUCUCGCUCGGGAUGCAGGUUGGAUCGGGUGUCGGUUCAUUGUCACUGUAAAAGUCACUGUGUCUGCUUUAUGUUACAUUGAAGUCACAGCAGGUUGUGGAGUCACUGACAGGGUUGGGGUCCCAGUGAGUCCUGUAGGUGUGCUUUUACAUGGUUUUUAAAUAUGAGGGAAGAAUCAGAAUCUGAUGUGUAUCUGAAGGAACAUCGACCUACAGUAACUGUGUGUCAUCUUUUGGAUCAAAGGUCAAAAGGAUGAUUUUACAGUCCACAGUUCUGCAUCUUUAGCCUUCACAUUGUUUUGGCAUUCACAUUACUGCCUUCUGGCUCAUCUUUAGGCUGCAGGGAUUAAUGAGAUGGUGAUAAGAUUUAUACUUUGUAAAAGCUCAGAUAUACUGUAUACUUCCAGGUGAGACUUGGUUUUACAAACUAAUGUACGCGUGAUCUACCAUCCAAAAUCAGUUACCUGCUACACUACAAUUCACCUUUUCCACGUGCUACGGAGAGAUCACACACAAAUGCAGUACUGUACUAAAGCGGGAUCCUCGUUACACUGAAAUGAUCCAGCCUGCACUGUGUGUGCCACUGAGCCAUAUUAUACAUGUUUGUGAAAUCACUGUUAAACGUAUAUUAUCUGAGCAUUUCUGCGGAGUGGUUAGAAACCUCACAGCUUCCACAUCUGUCCGUACGGAUGCCAGGCUGUCUCCUCCUCUUCCUCUAACAAUAUGGAUUUAAAAUAUGUCCUUUUGCAGCGUGCAGUGCAGCUCAGAGUAGCAGGACCUUUUUGAGAGAUAUGGGAGGUAUUUUAACACCAAUCGUCAUUGCAAUCAAUCACAUAGUUUUCAGUGUCGGACCAGCAUCUUCAUCCUUGGACCCAAGCCGCUUACGUAGCUAAAAAAAUGCCAAUAAAUUGAGACCUUAAUGAUAUGAAAUGCAGGAGAGACAUUAAUGGUAAGUCAAUAUUUUUGAACCAUUUAUUGAGAGGUUCUGAUCAGAGUAUAAAUCACACUACCAAGUCUUAUCUUAGGAAAUAAAAUGUAUUUACAACAAAAUUUUUCACAUACAUUGGUUUCAAAUAAAAACAGACAGUAAAUGAUAUAAAUAAGUUCUAUGGAAAAUAAAACUUGUCUUACAAAAAA